AUGCGGUCUUUGGGACAAAAUCCUUCCGAAUCAGAGUUACAGGACAUGAUCAACGAGGUUGACGCAGAUAAUAACGGAACCAUCGACUUCCCAGAGUUCUUGACAAUGAUGGCACGAAAAAUGAAAGAUACGGAUUCCGAGGAAGAGAUUCGAGAAGCUUUCAAAGUUUUUGAUCGCGAUAACAAUGGGUUUAUCUCCGCUGCUGAGUUACGUCAUGUUAUGACUUCGAUCGGAGAGAAGUUGACAGAUGAUGAGGUUGAUGAGAUGAUCCGUGAGGCAGAUCAGGAUGGCGAUGGCCGAAUCGACUACAACGAGUUCGUUCAGCUUAUGAUGCAGAAAUAA